AUGGCCCUGGGUCUUCUGCAGCUGUGCCUCACACUGCUAUGGGCUCUGAUGACCCAGGCCACGAACUCCGCCGAGAAAGCUUUGUGGAGACCAUCGCUGAGCAAUUCCCCCAAGCAAGGAGGCUUUCAGGAUAAGAAGGCUGUGCUUCCCAGAGGACUGUCCCUGGGUACCAACAAGGACAGCUUUGGACAUGUGGCUCCCAGCCAUCUCUGGGCUCUGCUUAUCGCCAGUCCCUUGCAGUUCCAGGGAAAGUGGGGAAUCAUGGCAUGGGCACUGAACACAUUUGUGAAUGAAAGCUUGAGCAACAUGGACAUGGUGAGCACCACCUUUGAGCUGAAGGAUGACCACAGCUACAGUGUCACCUCCCUCUGGUACAGCAGUGACCAGGGCUGUUUUACCCAGCAAGACAGACUCGUUCGAAGUGGCCUGCGCAGCCAGUAUAUCAUGGAGGAUGUUACACGUUACAAGGGAUUACAGAGCUUCACCAUGAAAGUGUUAGACACCAACUACCGUGACUAUGCAGUGGUGUUCUACCAUGCGAAUGUUGACAACAAAGAGUACAUAGAGUGUAUCCUCUAUGCUGAAUGCGAUUGA